AUGAUGGCGCCUAUUCAGAAACUUUUGGCAUGCACGGUGCUGGCUGCGAGCGCCUCGGCUGCCGCGACUUGGCCUCCGAAGCCGGCCGACUUGGAGACGCCGGUCCAGCAGCGCAUUGCCAUUGACGGUCCCAACAGCAUGGCCAUCAGCUGGAACACGUAUGAGCCGUUGCACCAAGCGUGCAUCCAGUGGGGGACAGCGGCGGCGAAUCUCAGCAACACGGUGUGUGCCGACAAAAAGUCAGUCACAUACCCGAGCUCGCGCACCUGGUUCCAUUCCGUCGUCCUCGGCCACUUGAAGCCGGCGACGACGUAUUACUACAAAAUUGUGGGCGGCCAGUCCGCCAUCGAGCACUUCCUCAGCCCGCGCGCCGCGGGGGAUGAGACGCCGUUUAGCAUCAAUACCAUCAUUGACCUCGGCGCGUACGGUCAAGAUGGAUAUACGAUUCGCCAAAAUCACGGCAGGCGCGACAAUAUUGCUGAGAUUCCCAUGUCCACCAACCACACCACCAUUGGUCGACUCAGUAGCACCCUCAACGACUACGAGCUCGUUCUUCAUCCUGGUGAUCUGGGCUAUGCGGAUACAUGGUCCGAGAACCCAGCCAACAAAGACGACGGCGAGAAUGCCUUUGCGUCCAUUCUGGAGAGAUUCUAUCUCCAGCUAGCCCCCAUCUCGCAGCAGCGGCCCUACAUGGUGAGCCCCGGCAACCAUGAAGCAGCGUGCGGGCUCGGCCAUCACAAGACCCAGUUCUGCCCCGAGGGACAGAAGAACUUUACCGACUUUCGAGUCCGCUUCGGCGACAACAUGCCGACCGCUUUCGAAUCCAAGUCGGAGAGCCAUGAAGCGAGGGUCAAUGCCAACAGGGCCCAGAAGCUCGCGAACCCUCCGUUCUGGUACUCCUUUGAGUAUGGCAUGGCGCACAUCGUCAUGAUUGACACCGAGACGGACUUUGAGAAUGCGCCGGAUGCAGUCGGCGGCAGCGAGGGGCUGGAUAGUGGCCCGUUUGGCGCUCCGAACCAGCAGCUCGAGUUCCUGGAAGCCGACCUGGCCUCUGUGGAUCGCGGCGUCACGCCCUGGCUCGUUGUGGCCGGCCACCGCCCCUGGUACGCGGCCAACGGCCCGGGAUGCACAUCAUGCAAGGCGGCCUUUGAGCACGUCUUUUACAAAUACGGCGUCGAUGUGGCCGUCUUUGGCCAUGUCCACAACUCGCAGCGGUACCUGCCCGUCUACGACGGGGUCGCCGAUCCCGCCGGCCUCGACGACCCCGAGGCGCCCAUGCAUAUUGUGUCGGGCGGCACGGGCAAUAUCGAAGGCUUGGACGAGUUUGACAAGGUGCCGCAUUUCAACGCCUUUGCGUACAAUGACGACUUUGCGUAUGCGAAUCUGCGGUUCGAGGACGCGCAGAAUCUGCGUGUGAACUUUAUUCGCUCAGCCACGGGUGAAGUUUUGGAUACUUCGGUUCUGCACAAAUCGCACAAGAAGCGAUUUGUCAGACAAAGCUUUUACAGCCAGAUUGAGAUUUGA